CUGACCAGAACCAGAACCCUGACCCGGUUUUGCUUCAUUUUGUUGUUUCUGGUCAGGAGUCCCGGCCGUUGUGAUGGCGAUCACCCUGGCAACGACCUACCGGGUGGAGAACCCGCUGGCAUACAGACAGGAGGAGUUCUGCUGGCUCGCUGCUCUGGACCUGAACAACCACUUCAGCUUGGGGAAGCCCAUGUUCUGGGCCUUCAUAGUGCCGCUGGGCCUGGUUCUGCUCUACAACGCGGUUCUGCUGGGCCUCAUCUCCCUCACCACCUGCAGGGUGGAUCGAAGGCUCACCAGCACCAAGCGCUCCCCCCUGGCCCAGAAGUUCCUGAUCAGUUUCUCUCUGGCGGUUCUGCUCGGUCUGUCCUGGACUCUGGGCUACCUGGUCCUGGUUACCAUGGGAACCGCUCACCUGGCCUGCAGCAUCCUGUUCUGUCUGUGUACCACCACCCAGGGCCUGCAGAUCUUCAUCCUGUUCACGGCCAGAACCAGAAGCUUCCGGUCGCAGCGGCCCGUCCCGCUCGCUACGUCUCCGCCGCCGGGUACAACCCUCAGGUCCACAACGUACCACCUGUGGAAGAACCGGGCCGAAACCAGAACCUCAGACAUGUACAAGAACACAAGAAACCAGGAAACCAGCAUCUAG